GUGACCGGGUUGAUGAAGAACGCCUUCGAAGAACUGAGCUGCUUCCAGCGGGCGCUGUUGGAGUACGCGGGCGCGGCAGACCCGGUGUAUGCCAAGCAGCAUGAUGAGCUGAGCAUCGGCUUGGAGGGGAGCUUUGGCUCCCACCACGUCAGCCCCAGAACUCUGACCUCCAAGUACCUCGGCUCUGUCGUCUGUGUGGAGGGCAUUGUCACCAAGUGUUCAUUGGUGAGACCCAAGGUGGUGAAGAGUGUUCACUUCUGUCCAGCCACGGGCAAAACCAUUGAGAGGCGGUACACAGACAUGACCUCCCUUGAUGCGUUCCCGUCGGGGUCUGCUUACCCUACGAAAGAUGACGAAGGCAACCUUCUCGAGACCGAGUUUGGUCUCUCUAAAUACAAGGACCACCAGACCCUGACGAUCCAGGAGAUGCCGGAGAAAGCGCCCGCAGGUCAGCUGCCGCGCUCGGUGGACGUGGUGUGUGACGGUGAUCUGGUGGACCAGUCCAAGCCGGGAGACCGGGUCCAGAUCGUGGGUACCUACCGCUGCCUGCCAGGCAAGAAGAAUGGCUUCACCUCCGGCACGUUCCGGACGGUGCUCAUCGCCAACAACAUCUCCCACCUCAGCAAGGAGACCUCACCCGUCAUCACUGUUGAUGAUGUCAAGCUCUGCAAGAAGUUCUGCAAGGCGAAGAGGGAGAACGUGUUCGACCUGCUGUCGCACUCGCUGGCUCCGUCCAUCCACGGCCACGAGUACAUCAAGAAGGCCCUGCUGUGCCUGCUGCUGGGCGGCGAGGAGAAGAUCCUGCCGAACGGAACCCGUCUCCGAGGUGACAUCAACGUGCUGCUGAUCGGCGACCCGUCGGUGGCCAAGUCGCAGCUGCUGCGGUAUGUGCUGCACGCGCCGCGCGCCAUCACCACCACCGGCCGCGGCUCGUCGGGCGUCGGUCUGACGGCCGCCAUCACCACCGACCAGGAGACCAACGAGCGCAGGCUGGAGGCCGGCGCCAUGGUGCUGGCGGACCGCGGCGUGGUCUGCAUCGACGAGUUCGACAAGAUGACCGACAUGGACCGCACGGCGAUUCACGAGGUGAUGGAGCAGGGUCGCGUCACCAUCGCCAAAGCCGGCAUCCACGCCAAGCUCAACGCCCGUUGCUCCGUGCUGGCCGCCGCCAACCCCGUCUACGGCCGCUACGACCAGUACAAGACGCCGAUGGAGAACAUCGGCCUGCAGGACUCGCUCCUCUCCCGGUUCGACCUGCUGUUCAUCGUGCUCGACACUAUCGACGCCGAGAGCGACCGGCGCAUCUCGGACCACGUGGUCCGCAUGCACCGCUACAGGUCUCCGAACGAGCAGGACGGCGACGUGCUGCCGUUGGGCUCGGGGAUCGACCUGCUCGCCACCUCCAACCUCAACGACGACGACGAGCCGGAGAAGACCGCCAUCUACGAGAAGCACGACCCGCUCCUGCACGGCAAGCGCGACGCCGGGGCUGGGAAGAUCAUCAGCAUGAACUUCAUCCGCAAGUACAUCCACAUCGCGAAGGAGAUGAAGCCGAAGCUGAGCAAGGAGGCGUGCAACGCCAUCUCGGAGGAGUACUCCCGGCUGAGGUCGCAGGACAACAGCGCCAACGACAUGGCCAAGACGCAGCCAAUCACGGCCCGAGCACUCGAGACGCUAAUCCGGCUGGCCACGGCGCACGCCAAGGUGCGCCUCAGCCGCUCCGUCGACAUGGACGACGCGCUCGUCGCCAUCGAGCUGCUGCAGUUCGCCAUCUUCAAGAAGGUGGACAAGAAGCCUCAGCGGAAGCGCCGCGACGACGGCGACACCGACGACGAGGGCGACGGUGCUGCCACCAGGCGGCGGCGAUCCUCCGGAGACAGGCCGGCGAAGCGACCUCGCCGCCAGCCGGGCGAGGAGGGCUACGACCCGUACGACUACGACUCGGCCGACGAGGCGGAGGCGGACGAGUCCGUGGCCACCCUGCGCUCGCCGCGGCCGACGGCCAGCGACUCGGCGCCCAGCGUCGACACGGCAGACCCGGCCGGCAAGCACAUUACCGAGCCCAGGUUCGCCGCCUUCAAGACGUCGCUGAUGAACCUGCUGCGCGAGCGGCGCACGCAGACACUGCCGAUGGCCGAGGUGCGCGACUUCCUGGCGCGCCAACACGCAGCCAGCCCGUUCAGCGCCGGCGAGGUGGAGGCCGCCACCGACCGCAUGACGGAGGCCAACCAGGUGAUGGUGGCCGACGACCAGCUCUUCCUCAUCUGAGCGGCGGCGGCCAGAGGCCGGCGCUCGUCGGGAGGCGGCGGGGACGCUUUGCGCUCGUUCUGCGGCGGGCGCUCCGAGCCGCGUGGGCGACGCUCUCCGCCAGCGUUCGGCCUCGGGAGACAAUGCCUGGUAACGGAGGACAGGUCCGUGCCGUCGCGCCUGAGGAGACAAACGCGGUCUCCUGGGUGCCGCGCACUACGUUGCGGGGCAUAAGCGUCUUGCGUCGGAGUGCAAGAACUGAGCGGGGCUGGGAAAGACUUCGGACCGUCAUGCGCGCCAGCGGUCCGCCGCCUCGUCGGGAGCUCGUGCGGGACGUGGUCCGGAUGUCGUAGCUGGUCAUAUCGUGCUGUUGCUGGUCGGUUGGUGCUCGGGGUCGGUGCCGCUGAUGAGUUCCGUUUUGAAUACACUGUUUUUGUAGAG